AUGGUUUUGUGUUUGGGCAGUCUUAAGUCUAAAGGCCAUAAUGGUUCAUGGUUAGGUGUGAGACAAUUUGCAGACAAAUUAAAGGUGAAUUUACUUUGUGCUUAAUGGAAUAAAUCCUUAAGUGUUCUCAUUUUUCUUUUGUGCAUUGGAAUACAAUUGAAGUCUUCAUGUAUUGAUGCUUCUGGUAAUAAAUCUGAAUUAUUUUUCUUCUUUUCUUGUUUUUAAAGAAAUGGGAACCAGUGGAGAAGGGACCAAAUUUCAGUGCAAGGUCUGACCAAUGUUCUUGCAAUUUUUACUGAUAUUGCCAAUUUAUGGGUCAAAUUCCCCCUUUUCCUAAGUUUCUGGAAAUAGUUUUAACAAUGUUUUGUUUACUUUUAAUUCAAAGCUUGUAGGGAUAACAGAUGUCGCUAGCCCAGAGGGUAUGGAUAUGUGUGCAGAGGCUUUUGGGAAAUUAAAGGUGCAGUGUAUCUGUUCAUGAUUCAUGUUGAUUCAUGAACUUUAAUCAAAGCUCAAAUUUAUUUUUUACCAUAAUGGCAAUUAUAAGUUGUUAUAUUUCUAAAACACAACUUAUAAUAUGCUAUUAUUAUUGUUAUUCCUUGAACAUGCCACCAUAAUACUGCCUGAAUUGCAUAUUAUAACCUAACAGUAAGUGCUAAAACUUUUCAGUAUACUUACCACAAGCAAGUCUGCCAAUAUAGCAAAUUGAUACUGCCUAAUUGAUCAUGAAAGCUUGUCAUAAACUGCCGUUCAUUCAGCCCAAUUUGGUACUUGGCCCCUUCUCUACCGCCUUACCCCAAUUCACAGCAAUAUCUUUUGCUUUUCCCUCUGGUAACAUAGUAAUCCUCUUAGUCCUGGAAUGCUGACUGGUAAUGAUGUCUGUGUUUUAUUAUUGUUAUUAUUAAUAUUAUGAUUGUUACUUAAACUAGACUCAGGCAAAGAAAAAGUGGCUGCACAAAGAGAGGGUGACACUGACUGUUAUAAGUUUGGAAGGUAUCAGGAUUGAAGAUGAGACUUCUCAAGUAAGUGUGCAAAUAAUUCAAAUAUUAUUUAACCACCUUGUGAUCACCAUAGAUACAGGACAUAUAAGCUGCACCCAUGGGUGUGCAACUUAAAUUUUGGUAAAGGGAGUUUUUUUUUUCCAAAAUUGGGAAAUUAAAAUGCUAAGUAAAACUAUGCAGUAUAUUUCUAUCUCUACAUCUUAUCCAAUAUAUUUUGUUUGAUUAAUAUCAGUAUUUGGGCAACUGCCCACCUACCCCUCCCCUAACCCAACAUUAACCUGAACUUGUUAUCAAUUGACUGUUGUUGAGUUAGGGGAGGGGUAGGUGGGCAGUUGCCCAGAUACUGAUAUUGAUCCAUUUUUUUAUUUUAUCAAAAAAAAAAAAAAGGAAUAAGUUAACUCUUAAAUCUCAUCAAAAUACUGCUUUCACUUUUCCCAUCUAAUCGUUAAAGAGAAUUUUCAAGGGGCAGUAUAUGGUUCAAAUGUUUUGUUACAUGUUACAGUACAUUUUCUUUAUCAAUUUACCCAUUGAAAUAUCUAUUUAUUUACUUAUUUAUUCAUUUAUUCACUCAAGUCAAAAAUAACUGGAGAGUACUGAACAAAGGAAGGGCUAAACAACAGAAGGGAAAGAUUCAAUGAAAUCUCCAGGUGCCCUUUCCAUCUCAGUGCUUUUUGAGUUUUUUAUAGGUUUUACUGAUUUUUUUUUUGUUUUAGAAAGUGAAGCAUAUGCAUCCUGUCAAGAGAAUAACAUUUGUCAUUCCUGACCCAGAUGAUAGGAAAAUAUUUGGUUAUGUUUUCAGUCAACCUGAUUGUUCCACUGGACAUAAAUUUUAUGCCCUGAAGUCAGAAAAUGUAAGAGGGACUAAAAAAAAUUGUUUGCUUUGUUAAAUGAAAUACAAAAAAUGCAUUGGCUAGUUGUAGGAGACGUGAUGCAUGGUCUUGGUUUGAGACAUGUCUUGUUCACUGUGUUGUGUUACUAUUGGGAUCUGAUGUCUCACACUCGCAAUGUCUCUCUCUGCUGAGGAACAUAUGGAGGUAUAUCAAAACUGCUAAAGAAUUAACUUAGCAUUAAUCCUCACCCUGGCUGAAUUAACAUUUAACCAAGGUAAGGAUGCAUACAGUGCCCCUGGUUAUGUCAUAUGCUCAUGAAAGUGGAAUGAGCAUCUGGAUCAAGCUCCAGAAGCAAGGGCUAUGGGCUUAACAGCAGACUAA